CAAAUGAAAACUAUGCAUUUAAGUACAUCUUAAAAGAAUUUUAACACUGAGGGAGUUCGCCAACAAAAAAAUAUUAAAUUAACAGAUAAAAUUCAUAGACCUAAGAGUCAAACAGCAUCUCAAAAAAGAGAGUUAUCCAAAGAAGACUUUAAGUCAUUUUUAGAAAAUUUAUCAUCAAAAUACCAAACUACUUAGCCAUUUGCUAAAUUCUAGGGUAAGAGUGACAUUUUAGGUUAAAAAUAGCCAAGUAAUAAUUAAAAGGGUGCUAUUUUUAAGGCAAAUGCAGAUGAAUAUCAGGAAAUAUAAGAAGAUUACGAUGAAGAUUUCGAAAGCGACUAUGUUGAUAGUUAAAUGAAUAGCAAUCAGCACAUACAUCAUAAAAAUAAAAGCACUGGUUUUGCAAAAGAUAAUUAUAUUUAGAGUAAAUAUGAAAAUAAAGAUGCUUAACUAAAGUAGAUGUAAACCUACCAAGAGAAUGAACAAAAAGGAUUUUAUUCAAAGUUUAUUAAAUUUAAUGAAAAUCCUGAUUAAUAUUUUAAAUUGAGUGAGAAAGAUAAACUCAAAAAUGGAUAGUUUAGAAGUAACAGUAGAGAUAAAAGAGAAAUAAAAUAGCAGCUAAAUUUACCUAAUAAAUAAAAUUUUUAUUAAUUAUAAUAUGCUCUUACUACAUAUCCAGAGUAGGGCAAGAAGAAUUUUACUCUACCCUCUAAACCCACAGCAAAUACAUCAGCAAAGCAUAAGUAAGAAAAUCAAAAAUAAUAAUAAAAUUAAUAUGAAAUUAUGAAACAGUAAACUCACCUAAUACCAUAAUCUUCAUAGGAAGCUAAAACUUAAUAAGGAAAUGAUAUUUAACCUAUCAUUAACAUGCAAUAUAACAAAAAUUAAGAUUUAAACAAUAAAAAAAUUAAUACUUUCCCAAAUACAUAAUUAAGUUCUCCAUCAAAUAAUAAUAAUAAUGAUAAUGAUAAUAAUUAUAUAACACCAAUUAAUAAUGGUUAAGUAGCAUUUAGGAUAAGAAAAUCAGAUUCAGCAACACUAAGGCACAAUCCAAAAUAGGCAUUUUUUAAAAAUAUUCAACAAAAUAUUAAUAAGAAUCCUUCUGAAAAGAACACUCAAAUAAUUAAAAAUAGCAAUAUACUUAUUAAUGAUGUAUUUAAAAUCAGUGAUAAAGAAUCUUAAAGCGAAUAAAAAGCUGUUGAAGGAGCACUUUUUAUAGAAAUUUAGAAUUUAAAAGUUCAAAAAAAUGAAAUAAUUUAAGAAAAUAAUUAAGUUAGAGAAAAAAUUAUCAACCUAGAAAGAGAUAUAAAAUAAAUGAGUAGAUAAUUGAAUAAAUGGAAUAUAGAAAGUAGAAUGGUCUUUGAUGAAGCAGUAGAACCUUACAUUGAUUCGCAAAGCUGUGAUAAAGUUUAUGAGGACCCAAACUUUUACUUAACUUCUCUUAGAAAAAAAGUAAAAGAAAUGAAACAAGAGAUAAAUUAGCUUGAUGAGCAAAUAAAAGAAUAUAAUGACACUUUAAGAAAUAUAAGGACAGAUUUAAGAGCUGAAUAGAGAUAAACAGAGAUGGAAAAAUAGCUUAUGAUUGAAUAUUAGCUAUACAGAGAGAAAAUUUCACAAAUUAGGUAGGAUACAAGUGAAUAACCACAAGAUUAGAGAUAAGCAUAAAAAAAUAAUUAAAAUGAAAAAAAGGAACUCAUAAAAGAAAGAGACUAACUUUUAAAGCAAAUAUAAAAGGUAAAAGAUGACAAUAAAACAAUCAUGAUUGAAAUAUCACUAUAAAUGGAAUUGCAAGAGGAAAACGAUGCAUAAAUAGCUAAAUUAGAGAAAAAGGCAUAACAAAGGCAUUAAAAGUUAAAUUAAUAUAGGUAAGAAAUCAUUGAUAAAUCACCUGAAGAUUUGUAAAAGCAAAAAAUUAUGUUAAAAUAAAAAAAUAUUUAAAUGGAAGAGGAAAAGAAAAUCAGAAAUGCAGAUUAAUAAAACUCAUUAAUUUAAAUUUAAUUUGAAAAGCUCAAUUCUCUGAAAUUUGAUUUUUAAGAAUUCCGUCGUAAAUAAAUUUUAGAAAACUAAUAAUCUAAUAAAUAAAAUUAGGAAUUAGAUAAUUUAAUUUAAAAACUCAAGUCAGACUACAUUAAAGUUUAAUCUCAAAUCAUAAAAAAGAAGAAAAUUUUAAAAAACUAUAUGCUUGAAAAUCAGCAUGACAAUCUUAUUAAUGCAGAUUAGUUGUAACAUCUGAACUUAUAAGAUGAUGGUGAUGAUUAUUAAUUAAUUGAUGAGGAAGAUAUGACUGAAGAGCAAUUGAGUAGAUAAGCAAGCUAAAAAAAGCUUAAUUCUAGAAAAAGUUCAAAAAAUCCUAGCUAUGUAUAAUUUAAGCAAUCUAAAGGUUAAAAUAAUCUAAUCAGCUUAGCUAAAAUUGGUGCUACCAUAUCUCAAUAAAGCUUAGCUAUUCCAUAGUAGUCUUUAUGCUCUACAGACUAAGGUAACUACGGUGAAAGUCAAAAGUCUAAAUAUAAUAAUGAUGAACCUAUCUCAAUUAUAUAUGGAGUACAAACUAUAGAAGUUUGA